AUGACAACCCUCAUCACCACAAGCAAACUGGGGCAGAUCCGGGGUAAACCCGGAGACGGAGUCACUCAGUACCUGGGAAUCAAAUACGCGACUUUGGAAAAUCGCUUUGCGGAUGCACAAUUAAUCGAGGAAAGACAGGGGGACAUCCUCGAUGCAACCAAAGAUGGACCCACGACUUUGACGCUCCCAAUCGGAUGUGAUGUCGAACUUGGCCAUGUCCAGCAUACUUUGCCAAAGAAGGAACUUCCCCAAUCCGAUCUAGAUUGUCUCAAUCUCAACAUUGCAGUUCCCUCGGAUGCUACCCCAUCGUCGAAGCUACCCGUUUUGUUCUUCAUUCAUGGUGGCGGCUUCUUUAUUGGUGCGAAUUCCUGGCCACAAUAUGAUACCACUCGACUAGCAAAGUUAUCUAUCGAGAAAGGCCUACCCAUGGUUAUUGUAACAAUCAAUUAUCGUCUGGGUGCGCCAGGCUUCCUCACAUCGAAGGAGCUACGCGAUGCCGGAUACAAGCCGAACAAUGGCCUACGAGAUCAACGAGUGGCGUUGGAGUGGGUACACAAGAACAUCCGUGAUUUUGGAGGAGAUCCAGAGAAUAUUACGGCAGGAGGAAUGAGCGCUGGAGGGGUAUCCGUGACGUACCAUUUGCAGUCGCAAACCCCACUAUUCAAGCGUGCAAUCGUUUUGAGCGGAACAUCAUUGCUCAUUCAACCACUCCCAUACGAGGUGCACGAGGAGAAUUAUAAGCAGGCAAUCGCAGCAUUGGGUCUGGCAGAUGCUUCGGCCGAAGAUCGUGUCCAGGCUUUGUUGGAAAUUCCUGGUCAAGAGAUAGUCACCAGGCUCCCUCACUCCGUGCGAUAUGCCCCGGCUAUCGACAGCGAUAUCGUCAUUCCCGGUGUGACAUUCUCGGCUGUUGGAAGCCUAGAGUCGAACGCGCUCCGAGGCAAGGAAUGGUGCCAGGAAUUGUUGAUUGGGGAUGCUGAAGCUGACGCAAGCAUUUCUGAAUAUCUCACCCCGAACAUGAAGGAUAACAGCGCCAAGCGAUUCAUUACCGCGCUGAAGGAAUCCAUCGGGUCACACCCGGAUAUCAUCCAGCGCAUCCUUGACGCAUAUCACAUUUCGGAAGAUACCCCAGAUGAUCAGGCGAUUUCAUCCAUCUUGACGUUCUUCACGGAUAUCCUUUUCCACGCACCAACACUGAACUUUGCUCGUGGCUGGAACGGAAAGGCCUACGUUUACUACUUCAACGAGGGUAACCCCUGGGACGGACCGUACAAAGGCCGUGCGAAUCACAUCCUCGACGUGAUCUAUUUCUUCCAGAAUUUGGGCGAUUUCCUGACUCCAGAACAAAAGCAAGUCAGCGAAGCCAUGGUUGUAGACUUUUUCCAAUUCUGUCAUGGAAGUGGGCCCUGGCCAGCUAUUACUCCUGGAACUGUCGACACCGGAUUUACGGCUCGGAUUUAUGGUCCCAGUCAGCAGGGUGCUAUUGCUAGCGUUGCACCGCAAGCGUUUGGUGGCCAGACUCUGCGCAGAAGUGUUCUGUUUGAGUGCUCUUCCGUGGUCGCGUUUGAUGACUUGGCCAAGGUCUAUGUGGCUUUCCAGUCACGCUGA